GGGAGACCCAGUGGCGGCAGUUCCGCGAGACGCUGGCCUGGCUCGCGGGACGCCCUGAGGCGUUGGCGACCGGGGCGCUCGAGUUGGACCGCGAGUUGCGGGCGCACGGCGUGUGGCCCCUGAUCAAGCGCGAGCCGGCGGCGCUGGAGGAGCUGAAGACCUGGCACGACCGCGUGAUUGUGUCGAUGCAGCGACGACAUCUGGCCGAGCGGAAGAAACCCUUUUCGCUGACCAACCAUCUGCAGAAGCUGCUGCGGGACAUGGAGCAGAAUUACGGCUUCGAGAACAUGACAAAUGAAAAGAUGCGAAUGAUCAUGGAGAAUUGGGGCAUGAUCGCCAUUCUGGAGCGCGACAAGUUUGCGCAACGCGAGAUGUUUGUGUGGAACGAGCACCGCAUCCAGACGGCGAUCGCAAGGCAGCAGAAGUACUGUGUCCGCCCUACCUCCCACGGGCGCAUGCGAGCGACCAUUCAGAACGUCCGGGAACGGGCGGCGUUGGCGAAGCCCCCGCGCGAGGAGGCUUUUGCGGCUGAGGCUGUUCUUGAUAGUGGUUACACAACCGCGAAUACGACAGCACAUCUUCCUCAAUUUGCCGCUGCUAGUAUCCUAUUUAAAAACGUACCCACCCCAUAGUUGUAAUGCAAAUCUGCAUGCUGAAAAUGUUUCUCAUGCGGAGCCCCAUGAGAAGCAUUUUCUAAUCGUGUUUUGCAAUUUGUCAUGCUCCAAUCAGCAUGGUAUGCUAGAUCUGUGAUGCUGCUGAGCUAGCUCAAACAGCACUACACUACGAAUCCAAAUUUGUCAUGCAAAACAGCCAAAACUUGUGGAUUUGUCUAGCCGAUUCCCCAUCUUGACUAUGGUGUGGGGACGUUUUUACUCAGGAUAGCUAGUAUGAAGACUUCAUCCACCUACUUUGACGACGAGGACCCAGAAACCAGAAUGGACCCGGAGACAGAGAGGGCCUACUGGGACCUGCUCAGCUCGGGCCACGCGGUCGAGAUUUUGCAAGAGCCAGACGACCACCUGAUUUGGCACGAACAGAGUCUCGAAUGCGAGAUGGUCCUGAUGAAGCACGACCCCCGCACCGGGCAACAGUUCCCCUACCUGAUGCAGGGUCAGAACCUGCGCGAUGACUGCAAGUGCACUCCGCAGAAGAUGACCGAACAGGAGAAGCGCGACAAGCGCCGGAUGGAUCGAGAAAACUUCAACGGUAUCCCAUCGAUGUCGAAACCCAUAACUGCUUACCCACCUCCCCAGACUUGUCACGUAGACUUGCAUGGUUUGCUAAUUGCAGGAACUAUAAUUCUUGAUGUCAGUCGCCUGCCCAUGAAGAGAGUAGAUGUAGUGUUUUGGCAUUUUUGGUAAACAUGCUGGAAACUACUGUAACUGUGUUGUAAAAAUGCACCGGCUUUUCGACCGCUUAAAAAUCCGCAGUAGUACAACAACUUGUAUAUUAUGCGUGUGUCCCAAAACGAAGACCAAAAGUUUAGGAUUUGUCUACGCAAAAAAUUCCAAAGUACUGUAAGUAUGGGGCGGUACUAUCAUGGGUAAGUACUAUCGGUUUUGCCACAUGAUACAGUAGUGGAUGCAGGAAGCCAUGCAGCGCCAAGCCUUUUUGCAGGAGCGGGCCGAACGGACGGGCAGGACAACAGAACAGCAAAACCGGUUUUCGUCGCAGCAGGAGGACCAUGAUAUGCUAGGCGGGUAUUAUCCGAGUCGGAGGACGUGCGGUAGGAGUUUCUUGGCCAGAAGUAGUAGAAGUUGCGUCGACGAACGGGACCAAGAAGACCAGUGGAUGCGUCCUCAAGAGUAUGCAACAAGAGUACUACUGUCGAUUUAGUGUAUUAAGUCCGUGAUGUGACUGAACACGCAAGACCAAGAGGGCAGCGUCUGUCAUGCGGGUUCGAUGCAUUGUACUAGGGUCCAUUCCACAAGCACACGUUCUUCACCUGCUAUCUGCGCAUAACAAGUUUUUGCAUUUGCAUCAGCUGUUAUCAUAUGAUCGGAAAACAAGUAUUAUGAUACACUAACCCACUUUUUUUCUUGGAUAAAGAGUUGGUGCCGCCGGUCGCGUAG